AUGCCCAGCAUUUUGCAUGGAGCACCACUGAAUGUUGCAGCAAGCUCAUCAACCGAGAAUAUUGAUAAAAAGGAAGAUGAAUCAUUUAUAAAUAGGAAACUUGAUGAUUUUGGAAAAGAUUCUAGCCAUCCUUUAGCGUUAUCAGAUUCAGUAAAGGAUGAAAAGGUUCAAGCUUUAUCGAAAGAAUUGGGACUCAACCAUAAAAAGUUAAUGUGGAAAAUUGAUCUUUGUGUCGUCCCUCCUUUUUGCUUACUUUACUUCUUGGCAUUUUUGGACAGAGUGAAUAUUUCUAAUGCAAAGAUUUAUCAUAUGGAGUCUGAUCUUGGACUUCACGGGGAACAGUUCAAUAUUGCCCUCACCGCGUUUUUCAUACCUUACGUUAUUUUUGAGGUUUUGUCGAACUACAUGUUGAAAAUCAUUAAACCUCAUAUUUGGCUUGGAUGCAUGAUUUUCCUUUUUGGCAUAGUUACGAUUUGUAUGGCGUACUCUCACAGCUUCGGUGGCCUUUUGACUUGCCGUCUUCUAUUGGGAAUUUUUGAGGCGGGUAGUUUUCCCUCAAUUUUCUACAUUAUGGCCAACUUCUACACUACAAAUGAAUCGCAGAGACGUUUCUCCAUUUUUUUUAGUUGCACUUGCUUAGCUGGUGGAUGCGCCGGUGCAAUUGCUUAUAGACUAAAUAAUUUAAAUGGUGAGCAUGGCCUUGCGUCUUGGCAAUGGAUUUAUAUUGUGGAGGGUGCUAUAACAGCUGGCUUAUCAAUACUCUUAUACUUCAUUGUUCCUGAUUUUCCUGAAGAGGCACGUUUCCUUAAUCAAACCGAGAGAAAAUUUUUGAAAGGCAAGCUAGAGAUUUAUUCAGGUAAAUCGGGUUUUGAAGUUAAACAAAACUGGCAUGAUGUUGCAAAAGUCCUUAAAGAGCCAUUGAUUUAUGUUGCAUCUGUCGCAUACUUUUCUUUAAUUGUGCCGGCAUACUCGUAUGCAUAUUUUGCUCCUAGUAUUAUUAAGGAAAUGGGUUACACGGCGUUGUCUGCACAAGCACAUUCUAUUUACCCAUGGCUUGCGUCUCUUGGAUUUUCCAUUAUUUUAGCAUUUAUUGCUGAUCAUACAAAACUGAGGUCCCCUUAUGCGAUUGCAAGUGCUUUAAUUGCAAUUGCUGGAUUGGUUAUGGUAUACGCUGGAAAAGAUAACGUCAAUGUCAAAUAUGGUGGCUGCUUUUUGGUUGCUCUGGGAUUAUACUCCUGCAUGCCUGUUUUAAUUUGCUGGAUGAGUUUGAACUUUACUGGUCAUAUAAGAAAGAGUAUUGGAACAGCUUUUGUCAUAGGCUUUGGUAAUAUUGGUGGUAUUGUUUCCAGUUUUAUAUUUCCAAACAAUGAAGCUCCGAGAUACAAGAAAGGACUCGGAAUAUGCUUGGGUUUCACAGCUCUUUCAAUAUUUGGAAUGCUGAUCUACCAAUGUGUUUUGAUGCAUUACACAAGUAGAAAGAAAUCCGUUACCUAUUGCGAAAAGUGGGAAAAAUUAUCAGAGAGAGAAAAGAUCAUGAAGGGUGAUUUAAAUCCAGACUUUAGAUAUCAGUACUAG